AUGCUCAGGAUGAAGGAAUUUGAAGCUCUACUAAAAUCAUCUCCUUCAGACAAGGACAAGGUACCACAGGUGCGGGAUGAGUUUGAGUCCUUUAAGAAGAUUCUCUGGAGUAUACUAUCCAUUUUAAGAGAGCAGAUUGGUGAGGUCUCGAAAGCACUGGAUCGACAGGAAGCGAGGCAUCGGGGCAAGCAUCUUCUUCUCUGUGGAGUCCCCGAGAAACCUGAUGAGAACUUAAAAGCUACUGUUAUAACUCUGCUACAAAAACACCUGGGCAUCAGUGGCUUGGAUCCCUCAUCUUUUAAGUCAUGUUACCGGCUGGGUGCCCUUGCUGAGGGUCGUUCGCGUCCUGUUGUUUUCCGAUUCUCUGCAUAUAGUUUGCGUGCCAGCACUUGGAGGAAUAAAACGAAACUCAUGGGAUCCUCUUUGGUGCUGCGUGAAUUACUUACUAAGGCACGUCAAGCAGUAUUCCAUACAGCUCGGAGUUACUUUGGUAUUCCAAAUGUUUGGACAGCCGAUGGGAAUGUUAUAAUAAAAACUCCAGAUGGUGGACGUCUAAGGGUUGCCUGCAGCGAUGAAUUGACUAAUGUUAUGAACCAGUUCCCCAAUUCAGCAUCAGUAAGCAAGCCUUCAGCAGUGGUGCCUAUCGGUGGUGAAUUGUCUACGGGUGUGCCAUCUGCAUCUUCACCUCGGACAAUACAGGCAAGAUCUAAGCGCAUUGUUAAGGGUGUCAAGUAAUAUGCAUAUUU